UAGAUUUAUCGGUCGCAUGCUCACAAAUUUUCAUUUGGUGUGUGUGUGUGUGUGAGAGGAGCCCCCAAUGAGCCACAUAAGUGAAUUUCCACAAAUAUUUUAAUACGUAAAGUGAUCAAAAGUGAAACUAACACACACAAAUUAAAAUGCCGGACGCAGUGCAGCAAAGCUUUGUUCGCUCCUUCAUUGACUACUUGAAAAAGCAGGUGGAUGUGAUGUCGCCGGAUCAGAGUGAAAGCAUUGAAGUAGCCAUUCAAUGUUUGCAAGCCGCUUUCGAUGUGGGCGACGAGGAGCCGGAACAGCUAACGGCAACAUCACAAAGCACAACGGCUGCAGCCGCCGCUUCGGGUGCAGCUCCAGGCGGCGAUGCUGCAGUUGCCAGCGGCAGUGGCAGCAACAGCGUGGUCAACACAAAGAACAUUGACAUGUUUGAGCUUUUCCAAUCGCUGUACAUUGAACGCAAUCCCGAGUCCUUGGCCCUGGCCGAAUCGAUCAAAAACGAGGGCAAUCGCCUGAUGAAGGACUGCAAAUACAAUGAGGCACUGCUACAAUAUAAUCGCGCCAUCACAUUUGAUCCCAAGAAUCCAAUUUUCUAUUGCAACCGGGCCGCCGCUCACAUUCGCCUGGGCGACAACGAUCGCGCUGUAACCGAUUGCAAAUCGGCACUGCUCUAUAAUGCUAACUAUAGCAAGGCGUAUUGCCGCUUGGGUGUGGCCUAUUCCAAUCUGGGCAAAUUCAACGAGGCGGAGCAGGCGUAUGCCAAGGCCAUUGAACUGGAGCCGGACAAUGCCGACUAUCGCAACAAUCUGGAGGUUGUUCGCAAUGCUCGCAAUCAGCCGCCUCAAUUGUCGCAUCUCACAGAUGGCCUCAAUGCCAUGUUAACCAAUCCAACUGUCCGCAACCUGUUUAGCAGCGCUGAGAUCGAUCUGGAGCAGUUGCAAUCCAUGACGCAGAAUCCCAUGGUCAUGAACACCAUUGGCCAAUUGUUUGCGAAUAUGGGCGGCGCUCAAGGUGCCGCACCUGCAGGUGGAGCAGCUCCCGGUCAAGUGCCACCCAUGCCAAAUGACAUGCUGCAACUGUUCCAGAGCUUUGCCACACAGUUGGUCGGCGCCCAGCAGCAAGGUGGCGCCAAUCCUGGAGGUGGUCCCGGAGGACCGCCAGGUGGCCAACAACCGGGCAAUCAGCCCCCUCCAAGUAUCUAGAUGUGUGCAGCGUCCACUUAGUGUUAGCAUAUGUACUCAUCUAUGCUUAAAACUUAAAUCGAUUGUUUAAAUGUUUAAAAAUGCUUAUAAUACACAAUACAUAUAUAUUUUUAAUAAUGCUAAAUAAAUACAUACAACACACGA